CGUGAUUCACUCGUUUACAGUCACAUGCCUAUACGUUCCGGUCAUGUGACUUGCGCCGUCGAAAAUGACCGCUGGACACAGCCAGCAGAAUGCAGCAGUGGUCUUGUUGUGCAUUCAUUUAUGUUUCUCUGGUGGUUAUCAACUGACUGAGUUACAGGUGGGCCUGUGUCAUCUCUGCAACGGGACGGUCCAGAACGGCACUGCCGUAAGCCAGUUCUGUUCCGCGUCUGCGGGUUUGAUUGAUGGCCGCUGCUGCCUGCUGAGAAAAGAGAACAUCAGGGAUGCGGACUACGUCAUCGGGUUGGACCUAUCAAAUUGUUCCCUGAGCCGUGUGGAAGACCUUCAAGAUGCAUUCAGCGCUACAACAAUAGAUCUCUCACUGAACCCCAUUGUAAAUCUGGACGAUUCGCUGUUUGAAGGCUUUAUCCAGUUGGCUAACCUGAUUCUGCCUGCCAACCUGGUCUGUCCAGGAGGCAAUGCAUCAUGGGAUAAGGUGAAGGUCAAAGGGGAAACUCAUUUUUGUGAGGGACAGAAAGACAUCUGUAACCAGACUGGUUAUUUGUCGUUGAACUGCCCGGAGAACUCCCUCUGUGUACCAUACGGUCCGGGCUUCUUUCAAUGUAGCUGCGCGGAUGCCUUCCGUGGAUACAAGUGUCUUCGAGAGGGAGAGUUUCCUAUAAUCCAGGUGUUCGGGCCUCUAGUGGGCUCCACGGUCCUGGUCUCCAUCCUGCUAUGGGUCACCCAAAGACGCAAGGCCAUAUCAGUCUGAGGUUGUACCCGAGCACCUGGUCUGAGGCCUAGUCCUAGGACAUUUUCAAGUGGUACUGACCUGAAAUAGCAGGGGAAAUGCUCAGUGGUUAAUGUCAUAGUGCUGACAGUGGACUGUUGAUUGAAAUGGUCUCAGGGGUUAAUGUUAUAAUGCUGACAGUGGACUGUUGAUUGAAAUGGUCUCAGGGGUUAAUGUUAUAGUGCUGACAGUGGACUGUUGAUUGAAAUGGUCUCAGGGGUUAAUGUUAUAAUGCUGACAGUGGACUGUUGAUUGAAAUGGUCUCAGGGGUUAAUGUUAUAGUGCUGACAGUGGACUGUUGAUUGAAAUGGUUUCAGGGGUUAAUGUUAUAGUGCUGACAGUGGACUGUUGAUUGAGGAGAUGGUCUCUAGGCCCAUAUGACAUGUUUUAAGACUUAUAGUUUUUGAUGCUCAGUGUGUAAUCGCCACAAAUUUUGCAAUUGUUGUACAGCGUGCAGCCAUUUAUCUCGAUCAACAUGGUGUUAUGUUCAACAUAAGCUGUAACUUAAUGUAUAUUCCAUUCAUGGUUUAUUUACUAAGACUAACACUCAGGUAUCGUCAUCUACUUUGCAUGUGAAUAAGUCAAUAUAAAUUGCAAUAGCAACAAAAUAUAUUAUCAUUGUUUUUUUUGGGGGGGGGAGGAAAACUGACAAGAUAUCGAUUUGAUAAAUCACAUUAUAGAGAGACAUGAGCAAAACACAUUGCUUGCAGACAGUACCACCAAUGUUGCCUUGUUCGUACAUGUUACAGAUCAAUAUGUUUAUUAACUGAAAUGGGUUGCCUUUUUGUAUUUUUACCUUGGAUUAAAGACGGAUGUUAUA